UGCACAAUGACCAACAAUUAUGUGCUAAAUGACAGCAAAUUGUAACGUGUAACGUUUUAAUGAUGUCAUGCCAUGCUGUUGUAAUAUGGCUAAAGCUACUUACGUAUUCCUCUUCAUAGUAGCUGCGAUCUUUGGUUGUAUUCAAGCAGACAAUGAUGACCAGAAUACUAAACCUGAAUUUAACCUGGGUCGGACUAUACAUGGAUGCAUUGCGAAGUUUAAUGUAACAGACGAGCAAAUGACUGCAGUUAUGAAGACAGGCGAUGCUCGUGCAAUUACUCCUUGUUUUUGGAGUUGCUGCUUCAAAGGAGCUGGAGUAUUGAAUAGCGACGGUGAAUAUGAUCUAGACGCUACGUUGGAUUUGGGUAAAAAUAUGCUCGUGUAUUCUAUUUAUAUUAAAGCUGAAGAGAUAGCAAAAAAAUGUGGAUCAGUGAAUGACGAAUCGGUAAUCAUUGGAGAUACUGGGUGUGAAAGAGGCAUUUUAUUAGCAAAUUGUAUGAUUGAAAAUGGCAAGAAAUUGUUCCCAAAGAUGUUUCAUUCCGAUUAAAGUUUGAAUGACUCUUCUCCGAUAUGCUUUUAACAAAACAAUAAAAGUUAAAAUGUUAAUAAAUCAUAAGAUGUG